AUGUCGGGGGCAAACACCCCGCGUUACAUCGAGGUAGAGGGUCACGACCUUGGGGACGUAGUGCAGCAAGAGGGGCCCCAGGGGGGUGCCCAGGGCUCCUCUGGGGGAGGCUUUCUCUUCAGCGGUCCCUCUGAGGAGCCAGAGGGCAACGCGCAGCAGCUGUCGCACGCAGGAGCAGCGCAAGAUGCGGGGGGUGCUAAGGACUCUCUUUAUUUGCAUGAAGAUCAGGAAGCUGAAAACCCCUUAGCGUCACAGCAGCCAAUCUCAGCUGCGGCUGAACCGUCUGUCGAGCAGCCCAAGGGCCAGGAGGGGCCCCCCGCCUCUCCCGGGGCCCCCUCCCCAGGCCUGCAGGAGUCGAGCAGCCCAAGGGCCAGGAGGGGCCCCCCGCCUCUCCCGGGGCCCCCUCCCCAGGCCUGCAGGAGCAGCAGCGGCGACCGGAGAGCGAGUCUGCCGCUGCUGCAGCAGCAGCAGCAGCAGCAGGCGCUGCGGUAG